AUGCCCCCUUCCAAGGAUCAGCCGAACAUCCUCCGUGGCCCAGGCGACUACGAGGUGACAACCCGGGUGCACAACGACACCUAUCCCGAGAUCGACCCCCGUCUAUUGAAUCUCCAGGGAAAAAGUGUCUUCGUCACUGGGGGCUCCCGCGGGCUGGGCCGGUCCAUGGCUCUAUCAUUCGCCAAGGCCGGCGUAUCUAAAAUCGCCGUGGGAGCUCGCUCAUCCCUGGAAAGUCUUGCAAAGGAAAUCGCCGAGGCAUGCGUGAACCCACCGGAAUUUCUCCCGGUGAAAUUGGACGUCACCGACGAAGCGAGCGUGGCGGCCGCUGCGACCGAAGUCGGCCGGGCGUUCGGCCAGCUGAACGUUCUGGUCAACAACGCCGGGAUUUUGGGGAAGUACGGUCUCAUCGCGGACUCGGACCCCGAGGAGUGGUGGGAAGUGCUGAAUGUCAACCUCCGCGGGCCGUAUCUCGUCACGCGGGCGUUUGUGCCUCUGCUCCUCAAGGCCAGCAAAGACGACAUCCGAUACAUCGUCAAUGUCUGCAGCGUGGGGGCUCAUUUGACCAACCCGACGUUGAGUAGCUACCAGGUUUCCAAGAAUGCGCUCUUGAAGCUCACCACCCUGACAAAUGCUGAGUACGGCCCGGGAGUAAUUACGUUUGCCAUCCACCCUGGGAAUAGUCCAACGGAUAUUAUGGGAGGGCCGGAGGCAAUUCCGCCGCAUCACAAGCAUGUGUUUGUGGAAACACCGGAGCUCAGUGGGGACUCGGUGGUAUUCUUGGUGUCCAAGAGGCGCGAGUGGCUCGGCGGCAGAUAUAUCAACUGCACCUGGGAUUUACCGGAGUUGGUGUCCAAGGAGGCUGAAAUCUGCAUCCCAGUCGGCCUCUAUCAAGCAAAGGAGUACGUCGACAUCCCCUUCAACGGUCUGCGUCCAGAGAUAGAUACAGCUUUCCAGGGGCGGAAACAAAGGACGCCGGAACAAGCUCGGCGUGCCCAGCUCGCCAAAUAUAACGUCGUUAAAGGUGGCAUGGAUAAUAGAAGAGACUCCCAGAUCUUUAUCCGGAUCAAACGAUCCACCAAACAUAAUCCUCGACUUGUCAGGCUCGUUGGCAAUAAAAGUCGCCCAGCUACGAGCGGCAUAUGUCGUGUUGACUUCUUUGACUGCACCGCGCAGAAACAACGCGACAAGGCCCAGUGGCAAAGCCUCAAGCUCUCUAAAGCUCAGGUAACAGGUAGCGUUGUAACCCAUUUGACCCAGAUACUCUCGGGGAAUUCCCAACGGACGGCGGGCAUCCAGCGCGCGAGAGAACUUGGACAGAUCAUCUGGCCGCUUGCGGCGGAGCAGUCGGACAGCGGAAAUUCGUUGCCAUAG